AUGUCCACAAUGGAAAAUUAUGACCACAUACCAUUUUCAUACUGCAUCAAUGAUACACUGACUAUCCAGUCACAUAAUCCUCCGUCUCCGAUACCCAAAAGUGGACUCAUCCAACGAGCUACCUCUGUAGGACAGGAUCAGUCGCUGUCUCCUAUAGAGUUAUGUCUCCAGAACCCGCCACUGCCAGGCUCCGAUGGUAACAACUUCGUUUCCAUCAAGCUAAUCGAGGAAAUAAAUGUUGGCCAUGGCAAGAGGGCCCAGAUCUUUGUUGUCAGAUGCAUGAAUAGCUUCAAUUCUUCUUAUCCACCAACCGACCAGGACAUGGUCGCUAAGAUUUACGACCCAUUUUAUCAUGACUUUGAUGAGGACUCUCUCCUCGGAGCUGACUAUGACUACACGCAUGAAUGCGCUGCUUACACGCAUCUAUCAGACCUCCAGGGCUCGGUUAUUCCCAGGUUUUUCGGGUCCUACACCCUGAAAACAAGGAUCGGGGAUCGUUUUCGCCUGGCCCGAUUGAUUUUAGUCGAGCAGAUUAAUGGUCUGUCUAUGGACAGACUAAACCCGGAAACAUUUUCAAAGGAGGAGCGUCAGGAUAUCAUGAAACAAAUAGUUGACGGAGAGUCUUCUCUCUAUAUGAAAAACGUCUGCCACGAAGACCUACGCCCACAGAAUGUUGUGGUUCAACGAAGCGACUCACAAACAUUGCGAAUAGUUAUCAUCGAUCUGGGAAAAUCGAUUAUUGGUAGAUCCCGCAACCCCUCGAACAGCAGGGACGAGAGCCGAUAUCUGCCUGGCGUCGCAAUUAGCCUCUACUCAGAUGGAACGUCCAUUAUGACCGUCAUGCUUACUUUCACGAAUGGAUUGACUGGCCAUGGCAAGCGUGGCUUGAGGUUCAAUACAAGGAGGACGAGGUUACAAUUACAAAGGAACAACGAGAACUAUGGAAGAUCUAUGACUGGAUGCUGGAGGUAG